CGCGCUCCGCACGGCUCCGCUCGGCAAAGCUCCGCACGCGCGGCCGGCUGGCCGGCCAGACGCGGGGACGCAGGCGACUCCGCGCCCACGCCCCCCUCACACGCCCGGCCGCUAGCUCCAGCUCCCCCUCCCCCCAGCUCGGCUCCCCAGGGUCCGCGCCCUCCCCGCCCCCCGAAGCGCGGCCAGCGGCGCGGCGGCGGCAGCCCGGCCCGGCCCGGCUGAAGCAUGAAUUGGCGCCUGUGCUUGCAGGCGCUCCUGCUUCUUUGGCUCUCCUUGACUUUGGUUUGCGGAGGGCCCCUGCUGGAGGCGUCGGACAGGAAGGAGCUGGAGGAAGGAAACAUUCGGACCCUGGUGCAGCCCAAGCUGGCGAGAACCGGGGGACCCUGGCAGGGCGGGAGGAGGAAGUUCCGAAGGCAGCGGCCCCGUCUUUCCCACAAAGGUCCCAUGCCUUUCUGAAGCAGGGCUACUAAGGCCUCCGAGGGUUCACGUCUUCGCUCCCUGUUCUGCUCCCAACAGAUGGACGACUUUCUUUACCUGCAGAUGGGCCAGGCCCCUCCCACACAAUGGCUUCCCCACACCGCUGCCUGGCUGGACUUGUCCUGGACCUCGUUCUUUCUCCUGGACUUACUUAAUCUACUUCCGUCCCUCCUCCCUGCCCUAACUCCUUAUUACAUCUGGGGCCCCAACGCUGAGAGAAGUGAAGGAAGGCUUUUGUUCCCCUCUCUGCCUCCUUCCAGGUCCGCUUUCCUAAUGUCACCUGGGCCCCUUUUUACUCAAUGAUCCAUGGGAAUCCAGGUAUCCAAGCUGGAGCUUCCCUCCUUCCCCAUUGCGUACCAUACCCAAUGAUCCAUGGGAAUUCAGGGGUCCAAGCUGGGGUUUCCCUUCUUUCCCUUUGGGUACCAUUGCUUUCCUUCAGUGGACUCUGGGCUCAAGGGUGCCCAAAUGGGGAGAUAGAAGGGGAGAGAGCAGCCAACAGAACCUUCGGAGUGCGGCAUUUGGGGACAGGUUAAAAAUCAAGAUGGCUAAGAGAAAGUGGGGGCCCCUGGGGAGUGGAAAGUGGAUCACUUUGAUAUUGUGCCUUGGAAUUUGUGGGGCUGGCUCUCUCAGAAUUGGGAUCCUUUGUUGGAGGAAAACAGCCGGUGUCUCUUUCUCACCUUCCAGUGCUGGGGACAAUUUAAAUUUUUGUCACCCCCCCAAGGGAGAAGGGGUCCCUGUGAAGCACUUUCUUGGAUGUGAGGGGAGGGGAGUCCCCUCUGAAGUCUUAAGAUGCCCUUGUUUCCCUGUCUUUAUGGUGUGUGUUCCUUCCUUCCUUCUACCUUUUAGAGAUUUAAGAAGAUAUAUAAAAAAUAUAUAUAUAUAUAUAUGUAAGUCCACACAUACACACACAUAUGCAGUCUAGAAGAGAGCUAUUUUUGUGAAACAAUGGCUUAUGGGAAGGGGAGGAUUCUAUUUAUUCUUAAUUAAACUUCCAAAAGUAAAGGGAGAGGGAUCUGGUUUGUUUCACUUGGCCCCACAGGGUCCAGAUAAAGCAAUAAGAGAAAGUUCCAUCGAGGCAGGGUUUCAUGCAAGGAAAAGCCACCGAUCAUCAGAGCUGGCCUAAAGUGGAAUGGGUUGCUUUGGGAGGCAAUGAGUUCCCCGUCACUGCAAGUACGCCAGCAGAGAGCGACCAGUCGCUUGCUGGCUAUGCUGCAGAUGUGAUUCCUGUUGGAUUGGCCUGGAUGGCCCCCAAAGUCCCUUCUGGCUCUGAGAUUCCGUGAAUAUAAGAGGGUGAGCGUUCCUCAGCCUUUCUGGGGAAUGGGGGCACGGUGUCUUCGUUCAGGGGUCCCGUCUCUGAUGGGCUUCUUGGCUUCUCCCGUGAUGCUUUUUGAAUCUUCCUUGUUACACAAGGGGGCUGACACUCAGAGGGGGAUAGAGUGCUGCUCAUCCCAGUCCUCCGUGCCCUCCAUUUCCUGACUUUGGUUCUCAAAUGAAAUUCUGGCUGCUGCCUCCCUACCACCCCCAGGGUCAAUUGGGAAGCAAGACCCUUCCCCCAGCCACGGUGCCCUGGCGCCAUGAUACUAGAAUAUCCAAGUUAGAAAGCUGCUUAAGGAGCUCUAGUCCGCCCUUACCUUUUCCUACAUGGGGAAACUGAAGCCAAGAAGGGGGUAACAGGGGAGCCAGAUCUGUGAUGGAGAGAGGGAGAACUAGCGAUGAACUGCCCACUUUCUGGAAGGGAGCUGUACCACUCCCCCCCACUCCCAAUGAUACACAAUGGCUCCUGGCCCUUUGCUUGGAUUCAUCUGGGCUAGUUUUCCUCCCUUAAAGCGGUUAAAGCAGUCGACCAGGGGCCAUAAGAGAGCUAAGCAUUCUGGUCCAGAGUCUAUCAUAAGAUAGAGAUCUUGGAUGGGCCUGGAGAGCUCAUCUUAUCCAACUCCCUUAUCUGAUGGGUGUUGGGGGGAGCAGAUCCAUAAAUAGAAAAUGACUGACCCAAAGUCCCACGAGUAGCAAAUGGCAGAUCCGGGAUUAGAACUCGGAUCUUGUGACACCCAAUUCAGCACUUUUCCUCCUGUAAUACAGCUCUUCCUACAAUGUCCUUUUGGGGCCCAAGAACCUGACUCGGGCCGUCUCUUUCUCCCGUUUGGCUGAGGCUUCCCACCUCCAGCUCCUGCCUGUGUUCCCCUGUGAGAUUGCCCACACUCCCAGGACUGGGGGUCCAGACACAGCUCCCCAGCUGGGGGUCUAGACACAGCUCCUGGGCCGGAGAUGGCUGGAGGAGGAAAAGGAAGAGGAGAAGAAGGGGGCCAGCUGGCUGCCAGCUAAUCUUCUGUCACCGUCGGUGGUUCUAAUCCACGCCGAGGCGAAACCCUUUUUCCUUGAGACUCCGUCCCCUCCUGACAAUGGCCACGCCGAUUCCUGGGUUUGUAAUAUUGUCCCGUGUAAAUAUAUCUUUAUAAUAAAGAGUUUAAAAGGGCCCUAAACCCUUAUUUUUGGA